AGAGGUGGAAUUUGGGUACGGUUUUCGUCUAAUUCAAAAUCCUGUCCCAGUGGCUUUGGUCAGAGAGUAAGGCAAGCUAGGUUUCUCGCCCCUGCCCCCUCCCGUAGAAGCCGGAGCGACGACAGAGCGGUCCAGUCCCAGCUCGCCUCCCCCUGCUCUUUCAGAAGCGACUGUAUCUGUCAGCCCCGCCUCUGAUCUGUUCGUUAGCUGUGUGGGCGGAAGAGUCGGAGGAGCUCCCUCUUUUCAAAAAUGAGUGAUGUCAAUGAACAGCAACAAACCACUUUUUCAAAAAAAAAUCACUCGUGUUAAAAAAAAAAACUACGCAAAAAGGUGGGGUUGGCAAAUGGAACUGCGAUGAGGUCGGGGAGGGGGGAGAGCAACAGAAAUUUAUUGCAAAUAUUAUCAGUGUUGAAAUAAUGCUUUUAAGGUUAUGGCAAGCGGAUCAGCGUUAAUGCGAGUGAGGUCCUUGAUACGACACAAAGGCAGGAAGGUACUAGGUUUCUGUAACAAAUCACUACAGAGAGAUGGCUUUACAAUCAAAUUUUAAAAAGCGAAAAGGAAGGGCCGAGAUGGAGGAAUACAAUACCGUACCUGUUUUGUGAAGAUACUGUACUGCAUUGCCGCGAUAUCGUGGUGUUGCCUUUUUUAACCGAAAUAAACAACCUCUCAUCAAUAAUGAAGAAAGCAGGACGCAUUUGAGCAACCCUUAUUUCUACAGUUACAAAAAUGGGCGGGAAGUUUGCACAAAACUUUGAAAACACAGCCUUUAAGAUGUCAUUGGAUACAGCUACUCGUUAAACAGAAACAGACCUAUUUUUCCCCAUUUUUGUUUUCAGUCCAGAAUUGCAUUAAGACUGGCUUUGAAACGUACUUACUGUUUGCAAAAGGACCGGUUUAACUAAAACCAUGCUCUUUUAUGAUCGGAUAUGCUGUGUGGACGGCCGCUGGCGAUGUGACUACCUGUAUUUUUAAACUGAUCGCUUUUGGGAUACAGUAACCGAAAUAUGGGUUGCACCUGUAUGACAGCGUUUGCCUAUUUGGAUUUGUGAAAGGCAAAUACCAUUUUUGAGGGCGAUUCAAGGAACUUACCUUAAAUGCCAAGCGCGCUUUUCAAACAGAAAACGGUUUGUGAAAUGAGUUAAAUGUAGCUCACUUCAUGACUGUUGCUCAGAAGCCGGGACUUUUUUUAAUCAUCUCUGAACCCGACCAAUACGUUGGUGGGCACAAAAACAUUUUAAAUCUUUCGACACCAACUAGCUAAUUUUGCAUUUUUUCGACCUCUGCGCAUCCCGGUUGCAAACGCGUGGUGACAGGUUUGAAUCUUUUAUCUGUCACCUUGGUGUUUUUCUCCGUAGAAGAAAAAGCGAUUCCUGGAUUUCAAAUACGGAUAAGCUAAGAGGAGUCUUUCCAGCAGCCGGGUUUUCUGAAGAAACCACUACAGGAGAUGUCAAGUAUCUGGGGUCUAGGGUCUAUAAUAAUUUAUUUUAAGCAGUAACAGUGCGCGGAGUCAUCGGCAGAAAAUCCGGGUACGAAGGGAUUUCUCCUAAACCCGACCAAGACCGAGCGUCUCCGAGGGCAUUAAUGAUGGAUUUGUUUUCUGAGCGAUGCUCAGUGAAAAAAUAUAGAUCUGUGUUCCUCGUUCUGGAAUGGCUGGACAUCCCGAUUUUUCGAACUGAUGUAAAAAUGAAGUGGAUUGUGUUUGUGGGAUGGUGUUAAAAAGGGAGGCGGACCCUGGCCGAAGCCCAGUUUCUUUUACUGUUCAAUAUUUACUACAACCUUUUUGGUGGCUCGCGUCACUAUAGGUUUACCAUAAAAAAGAAGCAGAGCGUACUGUUACAAAUAACACCCAACUUUUUUUCCCAAGAAAAUAUUUUUCAAAUAUUUUAUUUCCAUAAAGAAUGGCUGGUUCUUCAGAAGCAAACAGGCUUGCCAGUGCAUCUGCAAGGGGCGAUUUAACUGAAGUUGAAAUGUUAUUACAAACGGGGGCAAAUGUAAAUGAAAGGAAUGAGUUUGGCAGGACUGCCUUGCAGGUCAUGAAGCUUGGCAACCCCUCCAUAGCCCAGGUCCUGCUGCGGGCGAACGCCGAUCCCAACGUGCGAGACCCUCUCGGCGGCCUUACUGUGACGCACGACACUGCCCGGGACGGCUACGAGGACACGUUGCGCGUUCUGGUGGAGCACGGCGCCGACGUGAACAUCCAGGACACAGAGGGGAAUCUGCCUUUGCACCUCGCGGCUAGGGAAGGCAAUUUGGACGUUGUUAAAUUCCUAAUAGAGCGGACGGCCCAGCCCCUGCAUCGGAACCUGGAGGGAAAGACUGCUUGUGACUUGGCUAAAACGCACAACAGGAUGACAACAGCGAGAUGGAUUGAGGAGUAUAUGCGCCUGCAGAACUAAAAGGGGAGCGCCACAGAGACAUGUCACAUUUAGGUUUAAGGGAAAAAUCUGAUCAAUUCAUGGACAUCCAUUGAGAAGUUUGAAAUUCAUGUAUGAUCAUUCGUUUUUGUUCUAUAAUGGUGACGAUGAGCGUAGUUACUCAGCAUAAUCCUCGUUCCAAUCUAAAACUUGCGUUUGUGUGUGAAGCAACAUAUUGAAAAGCGUUGUUUAAGAUAACGUAGAAUGAAACAUCCUCCAAGUCACGAGAAAAUAGUUGAUGUUGAAAAUUAUUACUUAUUUUUGUAUAAGGCGGAAGACAGAUUGCCUUCCUCUUUAAAAAUCGUUUAAUUUUUGUUCGCUGAGGAACUGAAGAUUUUCAGAGUAGUGGGCUACUGUAAAGCACAAUCACAAAUUGAUUCUGCAAGAAUAACUGCUGAAUGCCUAGUUUAUUGGCAAGUCAAAUUUAUACUGUUUCUUUUUGAAGCGCUCGAAAGAAACUACAAAACAUAUUAUCCUAAAAAGCCUCUUAAUAUGUUUUGACCUAGGAAGAAUCUCCAGGUUCUGUGAAUGACAAUUUCUUCGUUCAUGUUUAAUUCUUCUUUCUGUUUACGUUCAUGCAAAAAGGGGAGAACGACAGUUUUAAAUGGCCCAAAUGUAGCUUGUUUCUCACUGCUUGACAAGCUGAUAUUUUCAAUACGAAUUUAAUUUGGCAGCUUCAACAAUCAAAUCAAUUUUGUGUGAAAUGCUGAAACGUGCGCCUAGUGUCAAGGAACGCACUGCCACAUACAGUAUAUGAAAUAAAUAAUUCGAUGUCGAGGGGAAUACACUUUUUUAUAUAAACUUCAUUCCCAUUUUGUAUUAAAUAUCGAAACUUUUCGAUAACCCAUUACAUCAACUUCAACAUACAAGCGCGUCGAAUUACCACCCAGUUUCUUUAAAAAAAAAACAGCCAAUUUUUAGUAAGUACCGUUUGAGGUCUUAAUAGAUCGCUUGUGUUUCUUUGUUACUUUUUUACUGUAAGUUACAUUUUUAGAUUUUGAUACGUCUACUAAGUGUGUUUCCAGCCACAUAAUAUACUGAAUGCUUUUUAAAACUAUUGCAAUCGCCGGUUUUAAUUCAAACUAAUAAUUGUCCAUUUUUAAAAAAAGUUUGUAGGUCAUUUUAUUUCCAGGCAUUUUUAAUGGCCUGUAUUGAUUUGGGAAAUAAAUUUUAAGUUGUUGAAUUUAAACGAUAGCUGGCUAUAUUUUUUUGUAUGUUGAGGCGUGCUUAGAUGUCAGUUGAACUGUUUGUAUUAUAGAGACACAAUUUAAUUUCUUUGCCACAUCAACAGCAAGCUUAAAGCUGAAACGCCGCACGUUGCUUUCAGCGAUUAACAUCGAGUAGGCUUAGGCAAAGGCAAUACAUAAGAUGCCAAUCUCCAAUUUAUGUCUUUACAAUCAUGUGUUCUUUUUAUUAUUAAUUGGAUUUGCAUCUUUAAAUUAGCCAGGUUUAUGGUUUGUUUUACAUCGUAUUUUUAUUUUCCUCUAUAAAACGUUCACGUUGCACUUUUGGUGUAACGGCAGUGAUGAAUGUUACCCAUGGUGCGAUGUGUUAGACUGUGAACGCAUGUAUCUUUAUCUUCUCAACAAAAUGUGAUUUUUACAUUUUCAAUAUGGACCGACCAAAGUUUUGUUUUCUUUUCGUUUUUUUACGCAAAACGAAGAAGUACAUGCACUUACAGUGUUUCAUUUUGGAUUUCUGUAUUUAUAAAACAACCGUCAUUGUGUCAAUUAAAAUGUUUUAUGUGUUGUCCUGUUAGGACAAAAGUGUAUAUUGCAAAAUUAAGUUAUGUUAUCUUGCUUUCGUGAGAAAAAAAUAAAAUAUUGAAAGAA